UUUUCGCUCCCCAGCAACGUUACGUCACGGCACAUGAUAUCACCUGAAACUCACGCGACCACUUGCGCCGUAGUUUACUCCGGAGAUCCGCCCGCUGUUCUCCGUCUGGUUUCUCUUGUGCUUGGAGACCGCACUGCACCGCACGUCCCCUCUCAGGUCGCGUGUGUUUCUCGUGCUGUGUCUGCGUUUUUGGGCCCCGACGUCGACAUGUCAUCGAGAACUGCAGCGGAACAACCCUUUCAGGUCGUCACGCAGAAAAGACCCUCUGGCCAAGCUCGGAAAGUCUCGAAUCGAGACAGACCUCCCAUACCUCGCAGUAGCAGUGAGGAGAAUGGUCCGGGGAACAGUAUUACCACCGCCGGCUCUUCUGGUGGGGCGAGUGGUGGUCGCAAGAGACACUCCAGAGACGGAGGAGGGAAACAUUCGGCCUCUCGCGGCGGUGGGGGUGGCUCGUCAGUGCAGGGGCGAGGGAAGGAUGCGGGGGAAACGGACGGAGGAGGGGAAGGCGGGGCAGGAGGGAAUAGGGGAGGGGGACACGCUAACAGGCACAGUUGGGACCCGGAAACUGCCCAGCGGUAUCAGAGCGGCGGCGAAAAGAUUGAGCGCUCGCAGUCGGCUCGUUUCGACAGGGUUGCCACGGCAACGGACACAAACAACAGGUUUGAGAGAUUGAAUCCAGAUGCAGAGACACCUGGGGACCAGUCGAAACCCUCACCUGCUAGUGGUGUCGGUCGGAGGAGGAGGAGGAGGAGGAGGGAAAGGGAGGAAGAGGAAUUCACGGAGUGCGUCUGGAGGGUCUUCGUACAGGUCUCGAUCUCCGAAACGGAGGUCUGGGAAGGAGGGUGGGAAGGGAGGAGGAGGAGGGGGCGGGGGAGAGAAAGAAGGAGGGAAAGAGAAAGAGAGCACUGCCGCUGUCGUCAGUUGCGAGCUGGAGUGGGACAGCGGGUCGCAUGGUGAACAAGAACCUGGGGAAUUGAUCAUAAAUGGAGGGGUCUCCCCGGCAAAGGAGACACUGCUGACAAAGCAGGCGUCACUGGAGUCGACAGCUUCGUCAGUGGACAAGACGUCUGGAGCCAGUGCCCAGGGUGGGAGUGGGGAGGGUGGGGAGGAGGGAGAGGAAGAUGGAACUCUCACCAAGACGGGAGAGAAGGUGGGGAAGGAUGGCGCGGAAAGUGAGGAGUCGACGACGCAACCACGGCACACCUACACAAGAGUCCAACUGCUGGCACUAAAAGACCACACGCUGAGUCAGAAAAAGCCAGAGAGUCUGCAGGGAAAAUUUUUCAGGCUGGAGGAAGGGGAGACGGGAGAGACAGCUGUGACUGGGAAAACUCUGCCGAAAUUGAAGAAUCCAACGACGCUCUCCAUCAUUAGGGAGCACGAGGUUCGAGGGUACGGGAAAGUGUGUCUGAGUCCCCAGAGGAGGAGUUUUGGCAGCGGCUGCUCAUGGAACACCUCCUCUUCCUCUUCCUCCUCGGCCAAAGAUGGCGGACACACUGCCGGGGCCUCCUCAUCCUCCUCUGCUAAUAACAGGGACUCACCCUUCGAUGGAAACGCUCCCGACUCAAGAAGAGGGGCCAGGUCCAGUGGCUACCAUCACUCAAACCACGCCCACUCACACAGUCCCAUGGUCAUAAACCACAUACCCCUCCGAGACAAAAAGGGCUGGAAGGGAGACGGAGGGAGGGCAGGGGAGAGGGACCGGGGGCGGUCAUACGGAGGAUUCAAGAGCAAAGAAAUUGAGGUCCGUGUGCUAGUGUUGUUGCUUGAGCAAAAUUCAAACACAGAUUGCAGUUACUGAUAUCCUUCAUCGAACUAUAAGUAUACAGAAACACCGCUGAAUGAGCAGUCAAUGUUAUGUUUUGCGAGGAAAUCCAAAAUCCAAAAAAAGUUGACCUGAUUUUUUGACUCGUGUUAUUACAUACAUAUUUCCACUUUCUAUGAAUUUUUUGCCAAAUAUGGGCUUAACCUGAACCCACGGCACUCUGCAGUCUGUAUGUACAUGUUGGAGCUGCUAGAAUUAGUGGUCUCUCUCCACUCACAGGAGGAGCCGGAAUGGAUGUCAUUCGGUCCCACUGACAGGUCAGAGGUCAUCGAACUGGUGGGUCUGGAGGAACACGAGAGGGGCAGAGAUGGCGGUGAGUGAGUGAGAAGUCUGAAAUUCACUAAAUUUCCAUCCUGCACAAAAUUUUACACCCAGCUGGUUUUUGGCAAACACUUCUCAGAAAUUCACAGUAGUCACGGUUAUGCGGAAGUAAACUUGUGCGUCAUGUUGAUGUCAACUAGCUGAUGAGUAAUUCAAACAAUACGCAGGUUUUUGGUGCUGUAGAUGGCAAACUGACAUUAACGCAUACAAUCUUAAACUAUAGCAAGGAAAACAUACACUCUAUUCACAAUAAGCCACCACUGUUGCAGUUUACACAUGUCAGUGACAUACAAACCAAUACUUGUACAUUCAUUACCAUAUAUGGGUAGGGACAAACACACGUUUGAUUUGGUAUUGCGUGUUUUGUCCCCAACUGUGUGUUUGCAGGGGGAAG